AAGUGCUUGAUUGUUCUACCCCUGUUCCCACUCUCCCUACCCCCCUGUAAUCUGUGACCACCGGGAUUUCUCAAGUACCACAUCAGCUAGAGCUGAUGUCGACGGAACAGGACACCAGGGCACUGCCACGACGCAGUGCCAGGCUUGCAGUUCGUAGCCGUUCUGUGGUACCUCCAAGAACCAAGUAUCAGCAACAGCGACUCAGCAAGCGGACGACUCCAACGACAUCGAGUACAGCACUGACAGUACCGGUUACCACUGGAGUUCUUCCCACAUGUCCGGUCCAAGGGACCCUUGAACCGUUGGCUGACUACCUUGGGCGGCUACAGGUAUUCACGGAUGCCGUAGCUACCGCCAAGGCUCAGCAGGAGGCAGCAGAGGCAGAACGUCAGCGGCUGGCCAAUGAGGCGGCAGCCCAAGCUCAGCAGACUGCUGAGGCUGAUGCAGCGGCACGAGACCGACGGAAUGCCGCCAGCACGGAGUUCCUGAUUCAAAGUGAGAAUCAGUGGACAACGCUACUCCAAAGCAUGAUCUUUGUGCCUACGAAUGCGCAGGCGGAUCCGACAUUGGCGGAGGCAGAGAGAAGUAACCUGGCUAACUUGCUGCUGGGCAUGAUGAGGGGAAUCAUGUGGAAUAACACACUGCUGCAAGCACACCUGCGCACGGAACGACAGCAAAGACAAAAGCACCAGCAAGACGUGGCCGCUUUAACAACUGCCAUCCGCGCCGCAGCAACACAGCAGCAGCAACAGCAACAGCUGUUGAACUCCACUCUCGCACGCAUCAACAGCAUUCAGGCUACGGCCUCAGCAGCGCCAGGCUGCACAACAGACGCGACGAAGCAGCUCAACGAGCCCAUCGAUCACGUCGUCACUAUCAUUGUCGAACUAGGUGAUUUCACUAGUCCGACCACGAUCAGCAGCAUGGUGGCCGCCAUCAAGACGAGCAUCACCAAACUGCAGACAAGACCGGACGCCGCUACAAAAAMUUACAAGAUGCCGCACUUCGACAUCAGCAAGUUCGACGAUUACAACAAGACGGACGCCUUGACAUGGUGGCAACGUUUCCUCACGGAAGCAGCAUGCCGCACUGUCCCGGCUGACGACAUGAUGAAGGCGCUCUACUUACAACUGAUUGGAGGAGCGCACGCAUGGAUGAACCAUCCGGCGGCUACCAAGAAAUGCACCAUCGCCGAACUCCACACGCACAUCAAGUGGAAGGAGUUCGAGCAACUAUGGUUCACUCGCUUCAUGGUCCGCAACGUCGUGAAGGCGGCCAUGAAUGAGGUGUACACCUGCUCGCAAUGGAGUAUGCCAACUCGAGACUGGACAACCAAGUGGCAGAAGAUAGUGACCACGCCAGGCUUCGAUUUGACCCGCGCAGGCCUUGGCCCACGCGUUCGAAGGAAGACGCAACCCACGCAAGUUACAAUCGCGGACGACCGCACACUAAAGUCGAUUGACCGAUGCGUCGAUGGCAUUCCGGUAUACUUUGUGCCACUUGCGUGCGAGCCGAUGUCUUUUGACAUCCUCGACACCAAGUUCGACAUGAUUCUAGGCAUGUCUUGGUUGUGUAGCGCCGAUCAUCUGGUGAACUUUCAUGACCGAACCGUUCACAUCCGUUAUCGGAACGGAGUGUUAGUCCCAUGUACGGUCACGGCCCCUCACACUUCGAUUGCUUGUCACGUGGUUUCCGUUGCGAGAAUUUGCGACGCCAUAGCUCAGAAUGACGUCGAGGAGAUGGGCCUUGUAUUCUUGCAUGCUCUCCCCUCGCCGGACGGACCAGCCGCGUCACCGCCGGACCCACGCAUUUCUCACCUCUUGGACGAGUAUAGAGACGUCUUCGAGGCUCCCACCGGAACGGUUUCGGAUCGGCCCAUACGUCACGGGAUCACUCUCGAGGCUGGCGCCGUCCCUCCGCGUGGAUGUAUCUAUCGCAUGAGCGAAGAGCAACUUGAGGUGCUUCGCGCACAACUUGGUGACCUUCUCGACAAGGGCUGGAUUCGCCCUAGUUGUUCGCCCUACGGUGCCCCUGUUCUCUUCGUCCGGAAGAAGAACAAAGAUCUACGGUUAUGCAUCGAUUAUCGCAAACUUAACACACAAACCGUAAAGAACGCCGGCCCUCUCCCUCGGAUUGAUGAUCUCCUUGAGCGGUUAGGCGGCGCCACAUACUUCUCGAAGUUGGACUUGAAGUCGGGUUACCACCAGUUCGAAAUCCAGCCUCAAGAUCGGUACAAAACCGCGUUCAAGACGCGAUACGGGCAUUUCGAGUGGGUUGUCAUGCCAUUUGGCCUCACCAAUGCCCCCGCGACUUUCCAAGCAGCCAUGACGACUGAGUUUCGCGACUUGCUCGAUCGCAGCGUCCUCAUCUACCUCAAUGACAUCUUGGUUUAUAGUAGGACGUUGGACGAGCAUAUCGUACACCUUCGCAUUGUUUUGGAACGUUUCCGAAUGGCCAAGUACAAAGCGAACCUCGACAAGUGUGAGUUCGCCAAGCAGGAGCUUGAGUACUUUGGCCACUAUGUUACGCCGAAAGGCAUUCGUCCCUUAGCGGACAAGAUCCAARCCAUCGUGAAUUGGUCGGAACCCCGUUGCACAACGGAUGUACGCUCUUUCAUGGGUUUGGCUGGAUAUUAUCAGCGAUUCGUCGAGUCAUACUCGAAAGUGGCCACUCCUUUGUCGAGACUUCAGUCCCCGAAGGUGCCCUUCGAGUUCGACGACGCAACCCGUGGCGCGUUCACUACGUUGAAGGCAGCGAUGCAAGCCGCACCUGCCCUCCGUAUAUACGACCCCACCCUUCCCACCCAAGUGACUACGGACGCUUCGGGAUAYGGUAUUGGUGCGGUGUUGGAACAAUGUCACGAGGACGGUUGGCAUCCGGUCGAGUAUUUUUCCCAAAAGGUGCCUCUCGUCAAUACUCUCGACGACGCUAGGAAGAAAGAGUUACUCGCGUUCGUCACCAUUCUCAAGCGGUGGCGCCACUUUCUUCUCGUCCGUCGGCGUUUUAAAUGGAAUACGGACAACAAUCCGUUGACCUUUUACAAAACGAAGGAUACGGUCACUAGCACGAUCGGUCGAUGGAUGUAUUACAUCGACCAGUUCAACUUUGACCCGUGCCACAUUCCCGGUCCCGCCAAUCGAGCUGCGGCCGCCCUCUCACGACGGCCCGAYUUUUGUGCCAUUGUGACCACGACAUUCGACCUCGAUGACGACCUGCAGCCGCAUUUCGUCAAAGGCUACAAGUCCGAUCCGACUUACUCUACGCUUUACGCGGAGCUUUCAUCGGAUCACCCGCCGGCUAGCCACUAUCGGAUUUCCGACGGGUUCCUUCUCCUUCACACGAGAGGAACGGACUUGUUAGUUGUGCCCCAAGAUCGCAUCUUACGGACUCGUCUUCUCGGCGAAUUCCACGACGCACGACUUUCGGCACACCUUGGCGUGAACCGCACAYUAGCACGCCUCCGCCAGCGUUUUCACUGGCCCGACGUCCUUCAUGACGUCACGAGGUACAUUGAGUCAUGUGCAGUUUGCCACCGUAACAAGGGUCGAUCUCGAGUCCCCUUCGGCGAACUGAAACCGUUGCCGAUUCCUUGGGGACCGCGCCUCUCCAUUGCUAUGGACGUGACAGGCCCGUUCCCCCACGAUCGCCACGACCAUGACGGUAUUCUCACGGUCGUUGACCGUUUGAGCAAGUAUGCUCGCUUCCUUCCUUGCAAGUAUCAUGUUGCAACACCCGAGCUCGCACGACUCUUACACACCGGUUGGAUUACCAACCAGGGUGUUCCGGAAGACAUAGUGAGCGACCGAGAUACUCGCUUCAUGUAGGCCUUUUGGACUUCCCUCAUGGCUGAGUCCGGUACGACAAUGAAGCCGAGCUCGGCUC